AUGCGCCGAUAUCUGGCGUCGCCAUGGGUUGAGGCCAAUCUCCGGCACCUACCAAAGGGCGGGCGGGCGCUGGAUAUAGGCUGUGGAAAGGGGCGGCACUCGCUGCUUCUGCUGGAUCUUGGGCUCGAGGUCACAGCUCUCGACCGCGAUGCGGCGGUGCUCGCAGAACUGAGGAGCCGUGUGCCCCCGGAGCAGCUCCCUCGACUGUCAACGUGCGCGGAGGACGUGGAGGUUCAGGCCUCCCUCGCAGCCCUGCUGGGCCCACCCUUCGCUGUAGUAUUAGUUGUGAAUUACUUCUGCCGGCCCCUUCUACCACAGAUUCUGGAGCUUGUGGCACCCGAUGGCAUCCUGAUUUUUGAGGCCUGGGCUGAAGGUAACCAGCAGUUCGCUAAGCCCAGGUCUGCCCAGGUAGUAGAGCAACGCCUGCUCCGUGCCAACGAGCUGUUACAGCUGGCACUGCCGAAGUUUACGGUCUUGGCUUAUGCAGACGGCCUUCAAGAGGAUUACGAGGGCCGAGAUUGUGCCAAGCAGAUGAUCUGCGCACGACGUCAAGAAAGCAACGGAUCGGGGAAGGGAGGAGAGUCAGGUUGCUACUCCGCCAUGCCGGAUGACCCCUUAGCCUCUUUCCUAAGGCCCGGGGCAUCAAGAGCUACACUUUUGGAGGAUCCCGACUUUGGGCUCCGCUUCCGCCUCGCACGAGGCGCGCUGCCUUGGCUGGACUUCGAUGUGGAGACGCUGCUCUCAUCACUUGAAGACUUCGACCCGACAGCUGCCAGAAGCUCGCAGCUGGCACGGAUGGAGCGGCGACUGCAGCAUGGUGAGCAGGAGGCAGCACCCUCCGGUUCCCUUCCGCCCUUCAGCGUUACGGCGGUCCGGCGAAGAGCCAAUGGCCAGCAGCUCACCACGGAGACGCUUGACAAGGAUGCGGACAUCCAAGAACUCCUGAAAUCCACUGCGCUGCGGACACCACAAGACGUGCUAGAGCGUGGAGCAGGCUGGACCCUGGUGGUGAAUCACUUGCAGAGCACCUCGCCGAAGCUCCAGGCGCUGCACCAGCAGAUCUUUGCGCUCACCGGGUUGAGCGGAGGCAUGAACGCUUACCUGACGCCCCCAGGUGCCAUUGGAAAGCCUCCGCACGUCGAUGAUCACGACGUGCUCGUCUUCCAGGUGGCAGGCGAGAAAAAAUGGAUGUUGCUGGAUGCCAACCGGGAGCUAAGGGAAGAGGUGGUGCUCCAUGCCGGAGACGUGCUCUAUCUGCCACAAGGGAUUCCACAUCAUGCUGCCGCCCUUGAGGGUACGUCGCCGUCCCUCCACCUUGCCCUUGGUCUGCACCGGCUCCCUCUCAGCACGGCUUUCGUCCUUGCGGCGAUGUUGACGGUGCGGGCAGGCAGGGAAGCCCACAGGCUUGAAGCGAGCAGACUUCGGUUGCCAAAUUCCUUUGUGGAGGAGAUGGAAAGUCGAGGUCAGGCUUUCGCCGCCUUCGGUACGCGAGAGCAUUGGCUUCACCAGCUGCUGCCCGAACACCUUCGCCUCGUUGAAGCCUUGCACCCUGACGACUUGGCCCAAGAGCAGAGUCUGCUUGCUGGCAUGGCCGCGAACCUUCGUGCUCGCGGGCGGGAGCUGGCGGAACUGAUACGGGCCGCGAGCCCCUGCCCAGAUCCCCGGAAAGCUCUUCUGCGUGCAGGGGCCGCAGGAAGUGACGCUGAGCUUCUAGAGGUCGCGCAGCUUCCGAACAAGGAGUUCAUCGACCUGGCCCUGGAUGCUUUCUGGGCACGACGCGAGCAUGUGCUGGACCAGCACUUCGCCCAGCAUGGGCCCCUUUGGGCUGAGAAGGCCACGGAUGGUGCAGAAUCAGGGCCCAGGCCCUUUCGGAAGCGCCGCGUCGCGGCUUUGCAGCGGGCUGGGAUUCUGCGCAUCAACGGCUUUCGCCUUGCACUCGAGGGCGCAUCGAUGGAAGCAGCCAGGCUUUUCCUGAAGGCUACGAGCCCCGGCCUGUCGGCGGAAGACCUUCCGGCACCCCUGCGCAGUGUGGGCUCGGAGGUUCUUCAUCGGCUACGUGCCUGUGGGGCUUUGGAACCGGCAGACUGCCCUGCUUGA